CGAUCACACCCCUGCACUCUGAUUUGCCGGCUAGCCAGUCUUACGAAAGGAUGCAAAUGGCGGCUUUACGUUACCGACGAUUUCUAAAAGUAUGUGAAGAAUGGCCGGUAGACGAGACCAGGCGAGGCCGGGACUUGGGCGCUUUCUUGAGGCAGCGAGUGGCUCAGGCUUUCAAGGAAGGCGAGAACACACAGAUUCAAGAUCUAGAAGCCUGUGACGAAAUGUAUGAGAGCCUCAGUAGGCUAAACAGCAACUAUUACAGAGAAAAGUAUCCACGACUUCAAGAUACAAGUUUUACAGAAAUCACUGUGGAUGAAUAUCGAAUGGUACUGGCGACUGAUUCUCUGAAGCAGAUGGAUGAGAUGAAAAAAGGAAUGUGGAAGAGGCUCAAAGACAAGUUUAAUGUGAAAUCCCCUCAGGACGAUGUUAAGGAGUAACACCAUAUUGUUCAUAUCGCAAUUUGUGCUCACUCCCUUCCUCCUGUAUACACUCUAUUAGUUCCAUAUAUGAAGUCUCUUAAUAAACAGACUUUUUCUUCCCA